AUGACAGAAGGAGAGUAUCAUUGCGAUCCAUUCGCAAAUAUGUAUCUGCAGGAGAAUCCAACGACUCCAGUAAUACCGAUUAAUCCAGUGUAUCAAAAUGAGCUGGAUGGAUCUGAUGCUGUACAAACGGAAAAUUCUGAAACAUUGCUGUUUAGUGAAGACGAUGCAAUGCUUCCAACCUACCAAAAUGACAUUAUUGACGAGAAUGAAGAAGAAGAUAUAAAGCCAGAAAAAAGUACUUCCGAAAGUUUUGAUGAAGAGCCCAAAGUUGUAAGGAAAAAAGGACGUCCAAAAGGUUCAUUUAAAAAUACAGUUCCGGUUGUGAAGCCUGUAAAAACAUCAAAACCUGGAAAUCCAGGACCAAAACCAGCGCGACCAUAUCAAGCACGUAAAUUAAAAGUAUCCAUUGACGGUGAGCAGCAAGCUCAUGAAAGAAUUCCAAAAAUGAGACAGAAUGUCAGCAUCUUAAAGCUCACAAAUGAACAAAUUGAAGAUCUGAAAAAAGAUGGAAGAAGCUUUUGUCAGCCAGGCGUAUGCUAUAUUAUAGCUCCACAGCUUGCAAAAUGCAUUGAAUGCUUGAAGAAAACAGACAGGAAGCGACGUCAGACAAGAGAAGUUGAUUGUCGAUUUUAUCACUUCCGAAAACUUCGUUAUGAAGGAGAUGAACUGGUUGUUGUUGGUUUUCUUGAUCCAACUGAUGAUCCAAAGGAAGUAGAUCGCUCAAUUUGGGUGCCACAGCCUGAUAAACUAAAAUUCAAGUCAUUGUCAGUCGCAAACGCUCGUUUAAUCAUAGCACAUGUUGGUGAUGAAUUAUGCAGGAUUAUGGCAAAAGAAAGAAGCUAUUAUGAGCAAUAUAAAUCAGAAUCGAAGCCAAUAAUAUGGAAGAGAUUAAUUGAUGGUGUUUUAGAAAUGUGUGAUCUGUGUAAUACGACUUUAUUUAAUUUUCAUUUAAUUUGUACGAGUUGUGGACUAACUUUAUGUAUUGAUUGUGCUAAUGAAGAAAAUCCAAAUCUUGCUGAUACAGUUUGUUCCAAAAAUAAAGAAGAACACAGUUAUAAUGAGUUAUUCCUUACACAAAUCAUUGUUGGUGAUUGUAUGGAUAUACUACAAAGAACUUUGCAUGAUAUUUGCAAUUAUCAUAAAAUAAUCCAUGAAUGUAAAUUUAAAACGGAACCAAUACUUGAAAUUGACAGAGUGAAAGAUAACAUAAUACGCAGCAUGAUUAAUGAUGAUGGAACUUUAAUUAAAACUUUUUUAAAUCGAGAACCAAUUAAUCUUUAUAAGCACAUGGAAGUCGACAUUGGUACUGUUAAGUAUGAGGAUAGUGAUGUAAAUAUCUUCAAUGAAGUUCCACUAAUUAAAAGACCUCCAAAACAGCCAAGACAUAUACGACCUGAUCGAUAUUUUGCAAAAAAUGGACGUGAAACUGUAUUGAGUGUUUCAAGAGUGAUGAGCCAAUCUACAUCAGAUAUAUUUUAUAAGGACGUUCCACAUAAAUGGCUUUGUGAAAAUAAACUUUUAAGGCUUUUAGAUCCAACGCAUCCGAGAAAUGAAGAAUUUUUUGCUGAACAGUGGCAACGUGGUCAGCCAGUUUUGAUCUCUAAUGUUCUUGAAAAACUUGAUAAGAAGCUGUGGCUACCUCAAUCAUUUUCAAAUGAGUUUGGUGACGAGAAAUCUGAUUUUAUUAAUUGUAUGACUGGGAAUCUGGUGAGAAAUAAAGAAAUUGCCGUCUUUUGGGAUGGAUUUGAAAUUGUCGAGAAACGUUUGAGGGAUAACGAAGGAAAACCAAUGCUUUUAAAGCUUAAAGAUUGGCCCCCUGAAACAGACUUUAAGAAGAUUAUGCCAUCAAGAUUUGAGGAUAUCAUGAAAAAUUUGCCAAUGAAUCCAUACACAAAUCGAACUGGUGAUUUAAACAUAGUAAAGUACCUCCCACAAUGUUUCUUACAUCCCGAUUUGGGCCCGAAAGGAUAUUUUGCAUACGGUUCGCCUUAUUAUCUUAAAGAAGGCACGACAAAUCUUCAUUUGGACAUUUCUGAUGCUUGUAAUGUAAUGUGCUACAUCGGAUUUCCUCGUGAUAAAAAUAUCAGUGUUGAUGAAUAUGUAGAACAAGGAUUUCGAGCGAUUAUUGAAGGAGAUUGUGAUUUGGCUAAUAUUGAUCGAGUUACUAAGGAUGGAGAGAUUCCUGGAGCUCUCUGGCAUAUUUAUGAAGCUUGCGACGCAGACAAAAUUCGAGAUUUUCUUAUAAAGAUUGCAUCUGAAAAAGGAUUUAAAAUUGCUAAGGAUCAUGAUGUCAUUCACGACCAAAAUUGGUAUAUAGACGGAGAACUACGAAACAGAUUACAUUCCGAAUAUGGCGUUAAAGGAUACGCGUUUGUGCAAUUUUUGGGAGACACAGUAAUACUGCCGGCAGGAACACCCCAUCAAGUACGAAAUAUUUAUUCUUGUAUAAAAAUUGCUGAGGAUUUUGUAUCGCCACAACAAAUGCCACAUUGCCUUCAUCUCAGCGAGGAAUUCAGAAAACUCACAAAGGAUCAUACGAACAACAUCGAGAAAUUAAACAUCAAGAACAUUGCAUACCACAGCGUAAAAGAGGCCAUAGCAAGUUUAUUACAUACCAUGAACAUAAUCUACAAUACUGGUACAAAAAUUCCAUCAGCAAUUCGCGAGCCAAAAAUUAAAACUGAGAAGAAGGAACCAGCUUAA